AACAGAUCACGCUGAACAGAUCGUGCAUCGGAGCUCCGUCGAGUUCUUCAUCUAAAAACCUUUUUUUACUAUCUUAUUCCUAUUUAUAUAAUAUAACUUAUUAGUUUUACCUAGGAAUACUUUACCGUGACGAUUAUUGAGCAGUACUACCACGUGAAACUAUUUAUCACUAAUAAACACCCAGUGUUAGCAUAUAGCCCGCUAGCGUCAACAAACGCUGCCGACUGAAGCUAGCAUUUUCCGAUCUAAUGGCGGAUUCAUCUGAUAUAUGCUUUUCUGACCUGUCCUCGCCUGAGCGGGAAGCUGCGAAGGAGUUGAUCGGUUUGAGCAGAUCCAACGCGAGCUACAGCGCCCACUUCACCAUGUCUCCGGACGUCCACAAGCGACCGAGGAAUGCGACAAACGAGUGCUCCACGCGAUGCAGCUUUACGGACCGUAAGCGAGUGAACGGAGACGCCAUUGCCCAACAUGAAAGCGAUCGGGAAGCUGUGGAGGAGCCGCUGCCCGGCCUUCGCAGAUUCAGCAUGCCCAACAUCACCCUGGACCCAGACGUUCGCAGGCGACUGAGGCGUACCACAACCAAACCCCCAACGCGAUGCAGCUCCGCGGAGCGCGUUCGGGUAAACAAAGACGCCAUCGCCCAGCAUGAAAGCGGUAAGACUCCGCUUGUUAUUGUAACAUGUACUACUUGCUACAUGUAUAGUUUAGCUUCUGCCGUUAGCAUAGAUGGGUUUACAUGCACUAAGUGUAUUGAAGUAUUAAGAUUAACUGAGAAGGUUGCUGAACUAGAAUCGUGCAUCCGAACGCUAGUUGAGGAUAGCAAAACCGCUAAUGUUACUGUUGUAAAUACUGUAUCGAGCGAAAAGACUAAUGGCUCGGUUCCGACAUCAGAUGCUAAUGUAAACACUACAAAUACUGUAUCAAGCGUGCAUAGUGUUUAUCAAAAUACACAUGGCUCGGUUCCGACAUCAGAGUCAAAUCGGCGGUCUAACUGGGUGACUGUCAGGCGGCAUAGUCAUAUACGGGGUCCAUCUAAGACCCAUAACGUUACGGUAAUUUCUAACAGAUUCGAUCCCCUAAGGAGUACAUCAGCUGAAACACCUGUUAAAAGUGCCCUGGUCAUUGGAGAUUCUAUACUCAGGAACACUAACAUUGAGGCACCAAACACCCUAGUCGACUGUAUACCGGGAGCCAGAACGUCUGACAUUAGAUCCAAACUUAAAGUGCUGGCUAAUGCUAAACGGAAGUUUUCUAAGAUUGUUAUUCACGCCGGAACAAAUGACACCAGACUCCGACAGUCGGAAAUCACCAAAGAUAAUAUUAAGGAGAUGUGUGAAAUUGCAAAAACAAUGUCAGACAAUGUAAUAUGCUCUGGUCCCCUCCCCGCCUACCGGGGAGAUGAAACACAUAGUAGAUUAGUGUCUCUCAAUGGCUGGAUGUCAAAGUGGUGCCCUCAGCAUAAUGUAGGGUUUAUAGACAAUUGGAAGCAUUUCUGGGGUAGACCAUUUCUCCUAACCCGAGAUGGCCUUCAUCCGACAUCAGAAGGAAGUGCUAUACUCACCAGAAAUCUGAUUAAUAUUCUUAAUUCUGAUAUAGUAUGACUAUCCAGGGCCCAGGUCAGGAAACAGACGGAUCAGCUUAACUGUCCGUCUGUUAGCUGGCAUGAUAUGUCUAGAUCACAUAUAUCCCAGAACUUCGAGUCGAUCUUACCAGAAUAUCAACACAUUUCAACUGUAUCUGUUCCCCGAACAAGCAAAUACAGAGCACCGCUUGCCACAUCACGUACAAAUUUGAUUAACAUAAAAUUAGAAAACAAUACAUUACCAGAUGAACCUCAAAUGUUAAAAUUCGGCCUUCUUAACAUUAGAUCGCUUACCAAUAAAGAACCUAUUGUUAAUGAAAUAAUUAAUGACCAAAACUUAGAUGCACUCUGUUUAACAGAAACCUGGCUUAAAGCAGACGACUACAUUAGUUUAAACGAAUCCACCCCACAAGACUAUUAUUAUAAACACGAACCUAGGUUAAAGGGGAGAGGGGGUGGUGUAGCUACAAUAUACAACAAAAUUUUUAAAGUAAACCAAAAAUCUGAACUAAAAUUUAAAUCAUUUGAACUAAUGUUGUUACAUAUGGAAAUAACUGAUCGUAACCACAAACAGCUCUCUUUUGCCUUAGCUACAAUCUAUAGACCUCCGGGCCACCAUGCAGAUUUCCUUAAAGAAAUAGCAAAUUUCCUGUCUGAGCUUGUAGUCACUGUAGAUAAAGCUCUUAUCGUUGGUGAUUUUAAUAUUCAUGUGGAUAACUCAAAAGAUGCAUUAGGACGUGCGUUUAUGGAUGUUCUAAAUUCUCUCGGUAUUAAACAAAACGUGUCAGGGCCCACGCAUACUCGUAAGCACACAUUAGACUUAAUUCUGUCACUCGGACUCAAUAUUAAUGACAUCGAAAUAUCACCUCAGAGUGAUGCAGUUUCUGACCAUUACCUUGUGUCAUACACUGUACUUCUAGAUAGGAUCACUCAAUCCACAACAUCCUACCGACUAGCCAGAACAAUAAUUUCCACCACUAAAGAUAGCUUUAUUAGCACUAUUCCAGACCUGUCCCAAAUGAAACAUGUAGCAGAUAACUGUGACGAUCUAGAUACUUUAAUAGAAAACCUGAACAAUGUCUGUUCUAACACACUGGAUGCCGUUGCUCCCAUUCGAAAAAAGAAAAUCAAAGAAAAACCGCCAGCUCCAUGGUAUGACCAUCACACCGCUGCUCUUAAAAAGGCAGCUAGAAAAAUGGAAAGAAAUUAUAGAAGCACAAAGUUAGAGGUAUGGCGUGCAGCAUGGACAGAUAGUGUUAAACACUACAGACAGGCUAUAAAAACGGCCAGAUCUACCUAUCUCAGUACGCUGAUUAAAGAAAAUCAUAACAACCCUCGCUUCCUCUUUAGCACAGUCGCAAAACUGACAAGAAACAAAGAACAAACAGAAACCAAUAGUAAACUUCAACACAAUAGUAACGAUUUCAUGAACUUCUUUUCUAACAAAAUUACGGCUAUUAGGGAAAACAUCGUAACUACCCAAGCAGCCAUCACUCUACCCAUUAGUUCACUAAACACUAGAUUACCAUAUGAACAUCUUGAUUCAUUUAAACCUACUACAAUAGAUGAGCUCUCUAAACUAGUCACAUCAUCCAAAUCAUCGUCCUGUAUAUUAGACCCCGUUCCCACAAAACUACUUAAAGAGCACCUAUUAUGAGAUACACGUUUUUAAACAUCCUUUUGUGUGUAAGUGUGUAUUAGUACAUGCUAACGAUAUUCAAAAAGUACAUACCUCAAAGAAAACGAUGACGCGAGUUAUCGUCUCUAACGUUCGAAGACUACAAAAAACACUCGGAUUGUAGGCAACAGUUUACUUCCUGGGAUUAGUGACUUUGCUUGGGUACGCCCUCAAAGACGGGGGUGGAGAGCACUGAGUCAGAAGAGAGCUAAAAUGGCGGAGGUUGGGAGUCCCUGCUUUGACUCUGUUUGCAAACUCUUGUUUCAUUGUUUAAGCGAUUAAAUCUCUCGAGUAGACGCUGUCUCUUUAGAUGCAAGGGCAAAAUAGCACUUUAUGGACUUACACAGAGGACAUCAUGUUUAAUACGGUUCCGGCAAAAUCCAGUCAGAAGUUGUUCACGGAGUUUUCACAAUAACUGCUUCUCAUGAACCGAAGCUGGAUUUGCACGACGUUUCCUCCUGAAAGUUGGAUUACCGUGCACUUCUGGAUCACAGGCUGUAAGUAUUCAUGUUUAUUAUUUGCCUUUACUGUAAGUUAUGUUACCGGUAACCGGAGCUUAACAUUAUGUGCUUGUACUAGAGCUCAUAUAUAGAUCUAUGUGUAGAGCUAAGCUUGCAAGCUAAUUGUUUUGUGUUGUAAUAAUGUAUUUCAUAAACAACGUACCAUAUUUACACACGUGUAUGUUGAAUUAUGCAGACUAUCGUUUUUAUCGAUGUUUAUUUAGACGUGUUUACAAACUUGCUAAGCUGCUCCAGCUAAACUGUUACCGGUAAAGUUUGUUCUCAUGAUCAAACUCAAGAAACUCUAAGUACAGAUGAUUUGUUUAACGUUAUAUGUAUUUUACUGUUGUUUUUACUUGAAGCUUUCUUAGAUUUUGAAACGAAGUAAACAUGUAAUGUGUGUUGCUAAUGUUGGGCAAUGUAAUACAUUAACGUUUUAAUAAAUAGUCUAACGAAUUAUAAUCGUUGUACUCUAUUGUUAUAAUAUUUC